UUACUAUAAUACGGUUUUGAGUGCGGUUACUAGCGGUCUAAAUAAAGCAAAUCCAUGUAAAUGCAUACAUAAAUAUACUCGUGUAUUGUAGUAUAUUAUGGCCGGCGCCUGGCAGUUUGUCUACAAAAUUGCAUACAGUAUUACAAUAUCACGCAGCUGAGCAGUGAUUGUAUUGUUUGUUGAAUUGCUGCUCUGCAUCCGUAUCCGCGCCUGCGUUACGCUCCGCCCAUUGGUGUGUGUUUUUUUGAGCUGACCCGCAAACCAGCCAACAGAUUGGUGGCAGUCGGCGCUGAGUUCAAUUGGUGCGAGACGAAUGUGCAUCAGACAGUCCGGACUGCCACAAAACUUCCGGAAAGUACACGACUAACUUAAGAUGAAACUUUUGACAAUUGGAAUUUGUGUGAUUUUUGGCACGCUUGCUGCUGCUGAUGUCUUACGAGUUACUCCAAAACUUGCGAAUUUGGUGCCAACCAUCGAUCAAGAAAAUUAUAAGCUAAUGCCAAUUGAAGACAAAUUCAAUCUGUCAUUAGAUUUUCCUGAAGGCGGUAAUCGCGAGGAAGAAACAAAGCUACUUAUAGAUGAAAAUGGAAGAGAAGUACUUGCAGUGAAAGGUCGUCUCAAUUUGAUCUAUAACGAUGCUCCAUUUUAUGUAACAAUCAUAUACGAGGCUGAUGGAAAUGGCUAUAGAGCGAAGUAUAUGUAUGUCCCAAGACAAGCCAGUAAUCAAUUGUUUGCUAGUGCCAGUUUCUUAAAGACCGCUGCUGGUUAAAAGUUAGAAAAAUUAUGAGAGAAAAUUACAAUAAAAAUCUAAUUAUUUGUAUUCCUAUAACAUAUUUAUAAUUAAAGUAUAUUUUAGAAUAAAAUUUAUCAAAUGUCAAAACAA